AACGUGAUAUAACUUUAUUCAUGUGGCAGUCAUUGAUUAGACACAAAUACACCCUCGGACAUCUUCAAAGCGCUACAGAAGAAUGUAGAGUGAAGGAAACGUGUCAGUACCUGCAACCAGAAGGACUUUGAGAAUUGGAGGCUAAAUAUAGAGAAAACUUGGUGACCAUCUGAGAAUCCAGCACAGUAUGUCGAAACAAAACAAGGUCAUUAAUGAUCCCAUCCACGGGCAUGUGGAGUUACACCCACUGCUCAUCAAAAUCAUUGACACACCUCAGUUCCAGAGACUACGACACAUCAAGCAGCUUGGAGGGGCCUACCAUGUUUACCCGGGAGCAUCCCACAACCGCUUCGAACACUCGAUUGGGGUCGCACACUUGGCAGGAGAACUUGCAAAAGCUCUGGAGGAAAAGCAGGAGGAACUCAAAAUCACUGACAGAGACGUCCUUUGUGUGCAGAUUGCUGGUCUUUGCCAUGACCUGGGACAUGGGCCAUUUUCCCAUCUUUAUGAUGCAAUUUUCAUUCCAAGAGCAAACCAUCCACCAGGUGAAGAAGGCAAGGGAAUGAAGGAUUGGAAGCAUGAGGAAGCCUCUGUAAAGAUGUUUGACCACAUGGUGAAAAAAAAUGAACUGGAGGAGAUGAUGAUAAAAUAUGGCCUGAAGUUUGGAAAACUGGUGGUUGAGAAUGACCCAGACGGUGACGACAUGACAUUUAUUAAAGAGAUGAUUAAAGGAAAAAAAACAAAAACACCUGUGAGUUGUGUAACACCAUCAUUUCCACAGUGGCCAUAUAAAGGUCGGGGAGAGGAGAAGUCCUUUCUCUAUGAAAUCGUGGCCAACAAAGAAACUGGCAUUGAUGUGGACAAGUUUGACUACUUUGCCAGGGACAGCUACCACCUGGGCAUCCAGACCAAUUUUGACCAUCGCCGCUUUAUACAGUUUGCCAGGGUGUGUCAGGUUGGAAAGAAGACGCAUAUCUGCACUAGAGACAAGGAGGUGGACAAUCUGUAUGAGAUGUUCCACACAAGGUACUGUCUCCACAGAAGGGCCUACCAGCACAAAGUUACCAAGAUCAUAGAGACUAUGAUCGCAGAGGCCUUUGUAAAAGCAGACGAGCACAUCCAGAUUAAAGGCUCAGGAGGGAAGAUGUUCUCUCUCUCUACAGCCAUAGGUGACAUGGAGGCCUACACCAAGCUGACAGAUCAUGUGUUUCAAAGAAUACUCAACUCAACUCGUGUGGAGCUGCGUGAUGCAAAGAAGAUUCUUGAGAGGAUCAUUGAUCGAAAACACUACAGGUGUCUGGGGGAAACAACACCAAACCUGAGCCUAACCAAGGAAAUGAAAGAUCGUUGGCAAGAGGAAUUGAACAAAGACCUCCCUGAGCCUGAGGAAUCGAACAAAGACAAACUGACAAAAGGGGAUCUUAUAGUUGAGGUCGUCACAAUGGACUAUGGCAUGAAAGAAAAGGACCCCAUCGAGAAUAUGUAUUUCUACAGCAAGGGAAACCUGGAAGAAGCAUUCAUGGUCUCCAAAGACCAGUUGUCCAAGCUCCUCCCAACCUGCUUUUCUGAGACGCUGAUCAGGGUCUACUGUAAGAAGAUUGAUGCAACAAGUCUGAAUUCUGCCAAGGAGAAAUUUAAACAGUGGUGCGCAAGCGAGGGCUGGCCAAAACCUCAGGAUGGAGAUAGAGCAAUACCAGAUCUCAAAUAAUUAACACAGUUCAUCUGAAGUUUUGGAAGAGGGGCUUAAAAACAUACAAAAGAAAGCAAACAGUCCCUGAGACUCAUUGGCUCAUUAUGAUUGAAGUUGAUUAAAUUGUUCUAUAACGAGUGUGUCAAUGAGCACAGUGCAGUACCAACACCAUCUUCUCCCAAAACUAAAGAUUUAAGAGGAAGAGGAUGCAUUAUUGCAUUAGUUGGGCCGUAUACUGUUUUUAGAGCCCUAUUCAAUAUUAUACAAAUAACUUUGUUUUAGUUUGAUCAUUUUAAUCAUCUUUAUUUUAGACUUUAGAUCUAUAUGUCACAUUAUAAACCGAAUCACUGUUUAAUACCAUGUUGGUUGCAAAAACAUCUUUCACAGCAGACAUUUUGGCUUGUGAUCGCAGGAAAAGCACAGGUGAAAUUGACGACAUUAACGAUGGCUUAGUUCUCUGUGUAUUCCUGAUGAUGAGGGCAAGCUGUAAAACACUACCAACAUGUGAUUUAGACCUAAAGUUAACAUUUAAUUGUAGUUUAAGGAUUUCAUAAUUUUAGAGGUGUUUGGUUUUGAAGUUAAUCGUG